GUUCGCGGAUCCCCCGCGCACAACCCUGCAGACGACCAACGACGACGCCACCACCUUGUAAGGCUUUUGCGUGCCUCGGCGCGAGAACGUGACGCUGCUGGAAGUGACUCGACGAGCGUCGGCGUGACCCGCGUCCGUGACAUGUGACGACCCCAUGGAACGCUGGCACGGCGCACCAUGCCCGUGCAGGGGCCCGAGCCGCCUGUGGCUGUAGCGGGGCAGCAGCAGCGACCACUCCCCCGUGGCCACGGCAGUGACAGCAGCGACCUGAACCUCAACCCCCUGGCCAGCUCCCCGCAGUAUGCGAGUCCCGCCAUGGGUCAGUCCUCGUCGAGUGAGUCCAAAGGGCUAAAGCGCGCCGGGCCCUACAUGCGCGGCGCCGCCAGCUCGUUCGGCUUCAGGCGCUCCAAGGGCGCCAACAACAACGACAAGGCCGCGCUGGACAAGCGCGACUACAGCCAGGAGGCGCUGGAGAAGGAGCAGCACAACGUGACGACGGCCAUCAAGGCCAGCCCGGGGCUGGCGAGGGCGGCCAAGGAUGUCGCCGGCGCCGCCCCCGGGGCGCAGGCGCCGCCGCGCACCAACCGCUUCGGCUUCAGGACCUCCAGCAGCAGCAACGCCAACAAGCUGUCCAACAAGGUGGGGGACUCCAGCGCGCAGGUGCUCGCCAAGCAGGGCCAGCAGGGCAAGGCGCCCGUCGGCCCGCCGGCCCGCCCCGCACCCGCGCAGUCGCAGCCGCGCCCAGCAGCCCACAAGCCCUCCCCGAAGCCCUCCCCAUCCCCGAGGGCGGCGGGCCGCCCCUCCCCGCCCAACUCCCUCCCCGUGACGAGGCACGGCCCCGCCAUGGCGCCCGGGAGGCCGGCGUCGUCCUUCCUACCCCGCCCUGGCCGCGGCCGCGGCCUCGGCGCCAAGGACGCCAAGACGGCCGCCAACAUCGGGACGCGGGGGCGAGCUCCGAUUGCGACGUGCGACGACGAGCUGAUGUCCUCCAAGGACAGCUCGAUGAACGAGGACUCUGGGCUGGGCAGUCAGGCGGUGGGCGACACGGACACCCUGCACGGCGUGGACAUCCUGGACAUCAGCCCUGGUGGCGCCCGGCUGCGGCGGGUCGCCCAGUCGUCCCGACGCAGUCUCCGGGAGGAGGACGACGACCCGAACGUCAUCACGGAGAUCGUCCCUAUCGCCAAGAUGGUGUCCAGGGCGUCCCUGAGAAGUCUCGUGUCCCUGGGUGCCCAGAACCCCUCGCCUCAACGGUUGUCCGCCAGAGGCUCGCCGAAGAGCAUCUCCGCGAAGAGCGUGUCCUCGGACGAGUUCCACACCGACUCUAGCCUCUUCCGGGGUUACGGAGAGGGCCUCGACGACACCACCGAGGCCAAAGUGUACAUCGACGGCAAGACGGCCGAGAAGAGGAGGUCCUUAAACGGGCGCUUCAUGAAAGACUACGGGCCGGAGCAGGACGAAGACUGGGGCCAGGGCGAGGCCAUGGCCGAGGGCGAGUGGAAGGACGAGGUCAACGCCGUGGUGGUCAUAGACGAGGAGGUGUGCGGCGAGGUGCAGGAACUGCGGAGCUCGCUGGGCCCGGUGGUGGCGGCCGCCGAGGUCACCAAGCUGGCCGACCUGGUGGCGGGCGGCGGCCUGAUCGAGGACGAGAGCGCGCCGGAGGACAGCCUCUUCAGCAGCAGCGCGUCGAGCAGCGACCCCGAGGACUCCACCUCCCCCGCCAAGCGCAGCCAGGCCGGCGAGGGCCGGCGCAAGGUGCGCACCAAGAAGAAGGAGCGCGAGGCCAAGGACGAGGUCAAGGACCUAAUCAAAGCUAGCUGUAAGGUGUCAGAAAACUCAACAUGUGCUGACAAGAAAGGGGGCCAUACACUGAGCCCAGAGGGGUCGGGCACGCCAUCCAACUCCUUUUCGCUGUCCGACGGACGGGACUUCCUCAUUGACGACGAGAUCAUCGACCAGCCGGCCCUGACCUACCACAAUAAGCUGCACGGCGACGACAGCGAGCUGGCCUCGAUCACGGAGAGCGCCGCGUCCCUCACCCUCAGGGAGUCAUCUCAUCAUCAAGCGCUGCCCAGCGGCCUGGCGCGGGCGCUCAAGAGGGCCGGCUCGGGGGCCGAGGGCAGCCCCAGCCUCGGCCGCGGCGACAACACCCUGCGGCUCGCGCGCUUCGGCUCCAUGGACUCGCUCGCCACCAACUCGAUCGACUCGGAGGACCUGAUGAUGGACUUCGAGGACGACGCCGACAGCGGCCGGAGGCAGCGCCCCGUCACCAAGUCGUGGGCCGGGUCCCCCGUCACGUCCUGGCCGCGGCCGAGGAAGUCGCGGAGCUUCAGCUUCGUCGACCUGGACGAGCUGCGGGGCGUCGAGAGCUUCGCGCGCAGCGGCAGCAGCAAGGACAACAAGCGGGCUAAGGAGGAGGCGGAGGCGCGCGCGCGCAGCAAGAGCGUGGGCGGCGCGGCGGACGACGGCGACCUGGCGGACGGCCUGCUGCAGUGCGACGGCGCCGGCGACGACCUGCUGGCCGACAACGACAGCGUGCUGCUAGAGCUGUCCUCGCUCAUCGAGAGCAUCAGCAGCAAGGAUCGCGUCAAGGACCGCAGCUCCUCGCUCCUGGUGCGGCACUCGCAGCCCGCGCAGCCCCGGGCCCUGAGCCAGGUCCAGGCCCCCGCCAGCAGCGGGCCCAGCUCGGCCCCGGACAGCCCGCGCCUCAGCCUGGGCUCCAGCGGCGUACCCAGCCCUCUGCGGCCACCGAGACAGUUGGCGAGCUCUGACAGCGAUGAGUCUGCGAUGAUGCGCGUGGAUCGGGGCACGUACCAACACAUGUACCAAGACGUGGUUCACAUCAAGACCAUGCUACUAAAACUGAAGAGAGUGCUCCAAGAGGCAGAAACCUUGAAUCCAUUUGAGAGCUCUCUAAAGAAUGGACUUUUACAUCAACUUGUUCAUGCCGAUGAGUCUGGUGAAGAUGAUGAUGGUAGAACCCGUAACCCAGGCGAAGAAGUUGUUGAUCUCAAGAGACAGAUGGUGCUGAUGAAACAGCAAAUGGAAGAGAAAGAUCGCACAAUUCAAUUGAUGCAGCUACAAAUGAUGAAGUAUGAACGUGUAUCCGAAGAUACUGGUGAAAAUGGUCAGCCUGCUGACAUGUGCAACGCUGCCACUCAAACGGAGAGGAUAAGGCCAGUGUCGGCAGGGCCCUCAUUGCUGCAGUCCCUCCCCUCCGACUCAAAUGGAGUCCCACUUGUCAGUUGGACUGAUACCUGGGGCCGACGGAGCAGAACACCUGCAAGUGGAGGGAAUGGGAAUCCAGUAAUUGAAAGUAGAACAUCUUCCACCUCCAGAGUACCUACAAUUGCAUCGCGAAACAGCAGGAGUAUUGGACCAGGCCGGCUUGGUAUGGGAUCUUCUGGAGACACCCCAUCUCCAUCAAGUAUUCCCUUGGUGAAAGGAAACCACCGAAAGACUGGAACUGCUAUAGACACUGUGCCAAAUACAAGGAGGCCACCUGUGGUUGCUGCCCCACGAAAAGCCAUCUCCUCUUCAAACCAGAAACCUUGAUAUUUGCACUUAGUGGAUCUAAGAAAAUAUUUAAACUUUUGAUUGAUUGUAUAUACUAAGCAGUAGUGAACCUACAAGAUGGUUUCUUUGAACAGAUAUAGCAUCAAUCAGUAUUCUGAGCACAAAAUAAUUAUCUUACUGACCGAUAGUGACUGGUUUAUGAGAGCUAGUCGUCAUUCUCAAUACUCAAUAAGGAUAUUACAAUUUAAAUUUUGAAAUUGUGUCUGACUCUAAUGUUAGUUUUAAUCUUCCAAUGUCGUUGUUAAAAACACACAUUCACUCUCUCCUUUUUUCCCUGUUCCCAUAUUUUCAAAAGGCUCAUAGGCCAAUAUUGGAUUGUGCAAUAUUCUGUGUCAUGGUUCUACAGUUCAAAAAUUGUGAUGAUUUUUUUUUUAAUUCAUUUUUUUAGAAUUAAUAACUUACAAGAGAAAAUUAAAUGGUAUCCAUUCCUUAUAUUGUUCAGAGCAAAUUUUGUUGUUAAUCUUAAUGCAUUCAUUAUAAAUUAUUAUUUUGAAAGAGCCUCAUGGAUGGUUGAUAUGAUAUGUGAUGUAGUCUUAUGAAAUGAUAGUUAGUUGUAUUCUCUUUACAAAAACAGUGUUUCUUGAGAGGAAACUGUUUGUUGUUGUUGUGAACUUGCUUUGUCUCUUUUUGUAUUGUGAUUUGUUACUAUUACUUUGCUAUAAUCUUUAAGACCCGUUAUGGAAUCAGUUUUCUUGCACUUAAUUAUGUUCCUGUUAUCUUAUGUGAUUGGGUGGGCUGUGUGGCGAGGGGGGUUGGGUAGUGUGAGCACACUUAUUUUGUAUUUCAAAUUUUUAAAUAUUUUGUUCGACACACACGUUUGCUUGCUUCACUCUCAACCUCUCUGGACAUCACUAAUGAAUGAAAUGUUAUCUUGUUGCCUACAUUGAUGGUAUUCUCUCAGUACCAUAUGUAAUUUCAAAGAAUUGGAGUACUGUGGCCUUCUCUUAAUUUAAGGGAAAUAAGCACACAUACCCUGGUAGCACAGAUCAUUUUUAAUGUUCCCUGAAUGUUAAGGGAACUAGAAGAACAUUCUUAGAAUGUCUGGUGCUAGUGGGUGAUACCUGUAGCUUCUUGGAACUACUGAUUUCAAAAUUGAUGAGUGUAUUUUUUCAUUUAGCUUGUAAACUAUUCAAUUUUAUAAACAAAAUUAUUCUAGUAUUGUCAUUGAUCAGAAGGGUCUCUCACCACUUAUUCCAGGCAUGAGCUGGUAACGAGUUGAUUCAAAAAUCUUGUUACGUACAUGAUUGAUGAAAGAUGCAGGAAUACUGUCUUUGGGGAUAGAGCAAUGUCAUGCAGGAUACAAGAGAUGUUCUGUUGCAGCUACUCUCAAAAGCUAGUUUGUACUUAAUUAAAAAAAAGAUACUGUAGCACACCAGUACUUUAAAUAUUUUUUUGGGUGGUUGGGGUAAAAUUAUGGUGUCUUUAAAUGGCAGAGCUGGUUAGUUCCAGAGUUUUAUUGUCUCUUCCAAAGUAAUUUGCCAAAUGUUUCCUUUGAUGAUUAGAAAUAGUGCAUAACUGUUACAGUGCUGUUUUCAUUAUUUUUACCUAGUAUGUCAUUGUUCCUUUCCUUUAUUUUAAAUGCAUGUGUCUGAGGGGUUCCUUUUGAUGAAUCCUCAGCUAUGGUGAUAAAUAAAAGUCAGCUAUAUUUUA